UGCUCAACAACAUCGACGACAGAGACUCUCUCAGGACGUGAGAAGUCACUAUGGCCGACAUCUCGAAAAACAACAAUGGCCCGCGGGUCGAAGAAACGACACCACUAUUAGCUCGUGAAACAGCGACAGAAAGAGAUGGGAAGCGCGGCAAACCAGUGGUUGUGUUCCUCAUGCUAUGCGCUUUCUUGGUCUCCUUGACAUUUGGUAUUACGCAAGUACCAAUGCUCUACGUCUUCCGCAAAAUGGUUUGCGAGGCCUAUUAUGAAGAUCACAUGCCAGACCCUGAGGCCGGGGACAUCUGCGCAAAUCACGAAGUUGAAGCAGGUACCGCGCGAGCUAUCGCCCUCAUGGCGGUUUCCACAACCGUCUUUGGUCUUCUUAAUUUGAUAGUAACGGGAUGGACCAUCAAGCGGCUCGGAGUGAAGCGCGCUUUGAUCGUUCAAAUCUUUUGGCCUGCCGUCCGCCUCACGAUUCAGAAUAUUGGAAUCGUCAAAGGCAGUAAUGCUGGCGUCCUGAUCAUGCAAUCGUCACAAAUUAUCACCAUCGUUGGUGGACCAAACGGUUAUGUGCUUUGUUUGAAUUCGUUCGUUGCAGACGUUGUUAGGCACGAGGAACGUACUGGCUCUCUUGGCCGCCUCCAAGGAUGCAUGUAUUUCGGAGCCGCCAUUGGGUUUUUGGUCGGAGGUCUCGUUGGUGAUGCAUAUGGAAUUGCUGCUCCGUUCCGUAUAACCCUGGUUCUAUUCCUAUUGUGCUGCGUGUACGUCGCAGUGUCGCUUCCUACGACUACUCCACCACAAAGACAAGAAGACGCGCUGUCCAGCCAGGCCCCAGGCAUUGUGCGAUUCUUCGGCCCCUUACGGAUCUUUGCUCCACAAAAAUGGACGCUGGCUGAUGGCCGUACAAGCACUCAAUUCGGGGCAUUGACUCUUGGCGUUGGUGUAUACCUCGGCAUUCUAGCUACAGGCUAUAUUCCUACGCUGCUACAACUUUAUGCAGCCUACGAGUUGGAUUUUGGCACAAAGGCUAAUGGAUACCUCAUCUUUAUCUACUCCUCACUCAGAGGCGCUUUUCUCUCGCUUGUGUUCCCACGCAUCAUUGCCGCUGGACGAAAAUGGUUGCAGCCAGACGACCAAGCGGUGCAAAGAGAAUCGCAGGAAGAGCAACCGUUGAUGCACGAUAUUCCAACUUCCCCAAACGAGAUUGGACCCAUUGAUUCAAUGGAAAAUGACGUCGAGCCGAUCAAUCCUCCGCAGGAGCAGGAAGACCAAACCUUUGCAUUCGACCUACUUUAUACCCGCAUCUCUCUUCUUCUCGAUGGCGUGCUCACACUUCUUGCAGUCUUCAUUUCUCGCGGUUGGCAGCUCUAUCUUCUUGCUUUUCUUCUUCCCUUUUCAGGUGGCACAGGCGCAGCAUCCAAAGGCUCGAUACUACAGAUGCUCCCCAGUGGCGAUCGGGUGGAUGCGUUAGGUGGCAUCACGUUGGUCGAAAACAUGGCGAGACUCUCGACUACAGCAGUCUUCGGUCUCGUCUUCGCUGCGCUUGCGGAAGUUGGGAAGAGUCGAUAUGUGUUUGUGUGCAAUGCCGCUGUUGCGUUGCUUGGAUUUGGAGUUUUACUCUUCUCGCGUUUCCCACCGCAAGGAAGCAGACGAGUAUAGAGCUUUGUGGAUUGAGUGACACUGCUACCGUCACCUACCUUGCGGCUCAACGGCCCGCAGACCAUUAGGCAGUUAUCCCUGCUCGAGGGGUAUACCCUAAAUUGCAUGCACCCCGCUCUCGGCGGAGGGCAUUUAUCCGCCUCCAUACUGUAUUCAGUCAUUCGGCCGCCAACGUCUAUCACGACAAUAAGUGGAGGUGCGGAAAUUUGGUCGGUCAAAACUUUAUAAUAGUCCAUCAAAAGUACCGACCCGGUAUGAUUAUUCAGGUGGUACGGUGUACCGGGUAAUACCCUUGACAAGAAUUAUAUAUGAUGCAUACCCCA